CAGUGCAUUGCCAUAACACAGCUACCGCUUCAUAUAACAAGACCCUUGUCUACUGACAUCCAGCAGCAACACGGCUGUGGCCACUGUAGACUACCAGACACACCGCCAUAGACAGACAGUCACACCGCCAUAGACAGACAGUCACACCGCCAUAGACAUACAGUCACACCGCGGGACAAGGCAUUGCACACUUCAGUCAUGUCACACAGAGAGAUACUACAACGAAAUCACGUGUACCUGAAGGAACACCUGGAUGUGGACACGAUUCUGGAUGAACUGUUUCAAACGGAGGUGUUCAGCCUUACGGAUAAAGAAAGGUGCAUAGGUAAAAGUGGACUAGCUGCCCAGAGCGAUGAACUGUUAAGCAUUCUGCACCGAAAAGGUAGAAAGGGAUACGACACCUUCCUUCAGAUACUGGAAAAGGUUCAGCCCUACAUUAAAGAUCAUCUCGAGGGACGGGAAUCAAGCGAUUCACAUACUGCCAGUGCUCCAGACAAACAACUGGCGGAUCAGCUGGAGCGCCUAAGAAUGGAAAAUGAUAAGUUGAGAAUGGAGGCAGCCCGACGUGAGAAGUCUCAUAUACAGCUGAAAUCAUCACAUGAGCAGGUCAAAACGUCUCUUAGACAGGUCAAAGCGUCCCAUAAGACGGUCAAAAAGGAGAUUGAGAUGUUAAAGAACCAACAACUUCAGAAGAGUCAAGGGGCAGCAGCGAGUGACAGAGCAAGAAUUCCCGAUUCCAAGUUGGACCCAGCUUAUAUGCCGACGGGUAUUUCCAAUGACGGCGCCUACCAUAAGCUGAGGUUUCCAGGACAAAACAUCACUCUACAGUGUCCUAAACUACAACUGUCCGCUGAUCGAGCCAACACAGACUGGUGCCACGUAACUACAGGCGGUGAGCUGGUGAACUCGCCACCCGCCACACAACACAGACACAGCGGCAGGUUACGGCAAUAUUGGGGUACAUGUGCCUCCACCCCCAUCCCCCUUCCUCCAUCCCCCUCUACUGUCACCCCUGUCCCCCACACACCACGAUACUGGGAGACCGACUCUAGGGUGGGUGUGGUGGGUGUGAUGGGUAGAGUGUAUCUACUCCUGGAGAUGGGUGUGAUAGAGAAGAGCCAGGUGGACAGUGAGGUGUAUGUUUGUGACCAGCCCCGCUCCUGGUGUGUCUGUGUAGGGAGCUGUCCCACACACCAGGGGAGUCUCUGUACCAGUGUGUGGCAGCAGGGGGAGGAGGGGGAGUGUUACAGUAACACAAUGUCUGCUACACCCGGCACACAGGCCACCCUCCACUAUGGCAUUGUGCUGGAUGUGGGGAGGGGGAGACUCGCCUUCAUAGACCUCGACAGAGAGGUUGUUUUGGCCAAGAUGGAUGUUGAGUGGAGCGAGUCUCUUCUUCCCAUGUUUGGUGUUGGGCUGCCUGGUGUCCACACAGUCAACAUGAAGGUGAUAAGUGGUGCAGAUAUCACCAUGACUGACACCAAGAAGUCACUUAUUUAUGACGCCUUGAAUUAGACAAUAAAAUAAAUAUGACAUUGUGUAAACUUGUAAGUGUGACUUAUUUUUUUAAACUGUCAAAUGUAAUUGUAGUGAUUGAGGCGGACGUAUAAGUUGUCUGUCUAUGUGCUGUUUGUUGUGUACAAGAAUGUAACGAGGUCAGCUGAAUGUGAUGUUUUUCUACUUGACUGGAUUCAGGGGGAUGUUACAAACAUUUUACAUCCACACAUGACUAUUGUUAUGAUUAUUAUUCUGCAGUAGUUGACCAGUUUAUCAUACAUUUCAUACAUGUCUGGGAAAUGUCACAACAAAUAACUGAAUCCACAAAUUCAUCAAAAGUUGUUUCAAAUCAUGAAUUUAUUGCCAUGUUUAGUUUCUACUCUGUAAUGUAAAUGUUUUAAAUCCCCACAUGAACAGUUGUGAUGAAAUUAUUGUAGUUGUGAAUCCACAUACGUCACAUUUGAUCUCAGUGAAGAGAUGUGGUGAAAGUGAUAGAAGCGGACAUAGAAUGUCCCAAGUUUCAGUGUUGUGACCUGGGCUACAAAGUUCACUGUGUUGAUUCACAUGUCGUCUCUCUCACUGUGUCUACCCUCUUGUUGCUAUAACUGUCUUAAAAUAUAUAUUUCCUGAUUCAAGGUGUUGUUUACACAUGUCUACGUCAAUGAUUCAAUGAUAAUAUACUCUCC